GACCUUUUAAAAAUCUUCCUCCGAGGCUCCGACCUGGUCACAUCCUCGACGGCUCCACUCUUCUAUCUUCUUCAUCCUAUAGUCUUCUUCUUGUUAUUUGCCUCGCAAAUUCUAUAGAUUCUUGUGAGAAAAUCUAUUUGACUUCUCGUUCUUGACUUCUUGUUAUCUCUCGUCUGGUCUGGUCGGGUUUCUCUUUUGGUCUGACGGGAUCGGAGCCGAUGCUCAAAUUGGUUGACUUGCCCGUUCUUCACAAAUUCACGCUCUACCGCACUCGCACGAACUAUUACUUGAUUGGGAGAGACGAGAAGAAAACCUUUUGGAGGAUUCUUAAGAUUGAUCGGACCGAUCCAAACGAGUUGAAUUUAUUCGAAGAUCCUACAAGGUAUACGCAUGACGAAAUCACCCAACUUAAAAAAUGGAUUAGUCGAGGGAACCAGAAGUAUGGUGGCCUUAGAGCAGAGACAACUUGCUAUGGAAUCAUUGGGUUUGUGAAAUUCUUGGGGCCUUAUUACAUGCUGGUCAUUAAAAGAAGAAAGAAAGUGGGCGAGAUCUGCGGACAUACUGUUUAUGGUGUAGCAGAGAGUCAAAUGAUCAUGAUUCCAUAUCCUUCCAGGAAAACGAUAGAUGCUGAUUCUUCAGCCGAGCGAAAGUACAAGAAGCUCCUAAACAUGGUGGAUCUUAGCAAAGACUUCUACUUCAGCUACACAUAUCACCUCAUGUAUAGCCUCCAAAAGAACAUAUGCAACACUGAGAGAGGAAAAAUUCACGACGAAACCAUGUUCGUGUGGAAUGAAUAUUUAACGCACGGAAUCAGAAGGAACCUCCGGAAUACCGUAUGGACAGUUGCACUGGUAUAUGGAUUCUUUCAACAGACUAAAUGUUUUGUGUCUGAUGAACAAUUUAUACUGACUGUCAUUGCUCGUCGUUCACGCCAUUAUGCUGGUACAAGAUAUUUAAGGCGUGGUGUAAAUGAGGAAGGCAGCGUAGCCAACGAGGUUGAGACAGAGCAGAUUGUUACCAAAGAGGUUCCAGAGGGUCAGAAAAUUCCAAUGACAUCAGUCGUGCAGAUGCGAGGCUCCAUUCCCCUAUUUUGGUCACAGAAACCAUCUGUGUUCAACCCACAACCCAACAUAAUAUUGAACAACAAGGACCGGAAUUACGUGGCUACUAAACUCCACUUUGAGAAUCUGAAACAGAGAUAUGGAAAGCUUAUAAUCAUCCUGAAUCUUUUAAAAGCAGGAAAGCAUCGGGAAAACAUCUUACGGGAAGAGUUUGAAAAGGCAAUCUUGUUUAUCAACGGAGGCACCAGGAGGGAGAACCAUUUAAAGGCAAACCAUUUUGAUCUAAAUGAACACUACAAAAGUGGAGCUGAUCGUGCAUUCAAGCUCUUGUGUGCCGAUGGGAAGGAAGCAUUGGAAUCAAUUAACUUAUUUUUCGGUGAGGUUCCUUCAGGCAUAGGAGCUGAUCGCGUAAUUAACGACACAUUUUUCAAUAGCCCUAUUCUGAAUCAAGAUGAAGAGGCAACUAGCUCAGAACAAGAAGCUUUGAAGGCAUAUAUAUUCAUGCGUCAAACUGGGGUCUUUAGGUCAAACUGCAUAGACUGCUUGGAUCGUACUAAUGUUGCUCAGUUCGCCCAUGGAUUGGUAGCUCUUGCUCGUCAGCUGCAGAAAUUGGGUAUCAGAGGACCUCCUAUCGUCGAUAAGAACAAUCCUUUGGCAAAGAAAUUGAUGGAAGUUUAUGAAAAUAUGGGUGAUGCAAUUGCAAUGCAGUAUGCUGGCUCAGACGCACACAUCAAGAUGUUCAGUGCUCUUAGAGGUGAUUGGAACAUAAUAAAGAAGAACCGUGAUAAGAUCAUAGCUUUGCGUCGCCACUUAUACAACACCUUUCAGGACAGCGAAAAGCAGAACGCCAUAAAUGUGUUCUUGGGGGAAUUCAAGCCUCAGUUGGGGAAGCCAGCCUUGUGGGAGUUGCGCUCUGACCAGCGAAACACUAUGAGAAAUAGUUCUAACUUGAAUAUCAAUAAUUUGAGGCCAAAUCAUUCAAGAUCCUUUUCCGAUAACCUCAUCUUGGAGAGUUUGGAUCCGAAGGAGCUGGUACAAGAAAAUCAUCAGCCUUCACGUGCAGGGUUAAAUAGUGGCUGGGAAACCACUUCAAAUGGUGGCUGGGAAACCACUUCAGAAGUUGGAUUCUGUGAAGCAGAACCAUCUUCUUCAAGAGUCCACUCAGUUAUUCGCGAUGAAGAUAAUUUGAGAGGAAUAGGAUCAAGGCAGAUGUUUCUAGAGGUUGGCUCUACGUCUGAUUCUCACGGGCUCGAAGAUGCACCUGGUCUUUCACACUCAUACAAUGCUACAUUCAUUACGGCAGAGGAAAUGUUUGAACGUUGCAGCUCCACGUCGUCAGACUUAAUUAUUGAGGUUCCUUCAGGUCCAAUUUCCAUCUUUAAGGGCGUCUCAGAUGAUUUCGCUCAGUGGGUGGAAGAAGGAAGAGCAUUGUAAAGGGUGUGGAGAUAAAACUGUGCUAUGCUGAGGAAGUAAACGUUGGUUACUUGGCAGGUACUGCAGGGUUGGAUAGACAUGUUUACAUGAAGCAUACAAUAAUAGCCGCAUCUUUUUUAAAUACCGACUCAGCUUUG